AUGGCCGAUCUGCAAACGAACCACACAUAUGCCGAGCAACUUCUUGAGGCUAGCCAACAAGAAUACCUGCUAUACCGAGACCAACUGUGCCUUACAGAGAGACACCUCGACGGAUUAAUAACCGAUGCGAAUGCUACCCUCGGACUCUUGACCAAACUGUCCAACUCGUUCCAAUCGGUCGAGGCGCAGACCUCCACAUUUCAAGCGCAAUGCGAAGAGGUUCUUACCGAGCAGACCCGCCUUGAGAAGCUUGCGAAUGAUGUCGGGACCGACUAUUACUACUAUUCAUACCUUGAAAAUGCGACGAGACGAUUGAAUGCGCCCGGCGCUGGCCGACUGGUCGACGAUGAAUCCUUUGGAGAAAUGGUGGAGAAUAUUGACGCCUGCGUCGCAUUCAUGGAGGACCACGAAACAUACCGCGAGCGUGACUCGUAUCUCGCACGAUACAAUGCGCUGCUGACCAAAUGUCUGCACUUGCUAGACCACGGUUUCAGCACGAGGCUGGAAAAGGUCUCUUCGGACAUAGCGCGGCAGUUAUCGACAACGAACUCCGAGUCAACACGACAUGCGCUUGCAUACGGUCGUUUCGAGGAAAUGCUCAGCGACUCGUAUGCCUUACUCCCAAAUAUCCAUAAAGUUACCAGGCGCGUGUAUGACCAGUUUGGCCGUUUCGACGAUGGGAUACGAAACUCCUCCAUCUUUUCCAGCUCCACCCUCAGCAUGCUGCGUACCUAUCUCACGACCCGCGACCGCGAUAUCAAAAUCAUGACGCAGCACGAUGUGGAGAAAUAUCAAAAGGAAAUCAAGGACCUGUCCUUGGAGACUGCAUCACGAAAUUACAUCAAGCAAACCCUCGAGCGAGUGCACAACGAAAACAGCCUGUUCGUCAGGGUGUUCAACAUUGAGCCAACGUGGAACAACGCCCAUGAUUCGGUAUUUCAGUCUAUCAAGACGGUGCAAACGACAAUGGUUCAUCCCGGAAAUCUGCAGCCCAUGGCCACACAACUCCAAACUGCAUUUGAGACGGCUGAUAUUCAGUCUGUAUGUAACGUCGUUGGAUGGAUUGCGAAUGAAUACGGCAUAUCGGAGAGUGACGACGAUGACGAUCCAAUUGCGCCGAAGCAGUAUAGGGAAUAUGCCGCUCGUCUCCUUGUUGAGCACCUGUGGCCGUUUGUGGACAAUGCCUUUGAGACGGAAAUCACAAAGUCCGUCACCAAGGGCACUGUGACGGAUGAUGCCCUUAAAAUCGGCCCCGUGGUGGACGGCGUGUCCUCGUCCAAUGCGUACCCGUUGGUUCAGAAAGCGGUUGAGCUGCUACGAAUGUUUGAUCGCGCUAUGCCGAAGGAGAGAUCCUCGCAAAAUAGCCAAGUGGUGUUCCGUGUCGUGCGCGAGACGAUCCUGGUGCUGCAGCAAGGUUCCUCGCGUAUCCAAUCCCAGAAACUCGGGACGGACGCAGACCUGUUCAUGGUCAAGAACCUACUAAUAAUCAAGAACGAGCUGCUAUCGCUCGAAAUUGGCGACAUUCGCAGCCAGCCGCCGGCCAUGCAGCAUUUUGGACAGAUUUGGGAGACGCUGCGCCCGCAGAACCUCGUCGGCUUCGUCGGUACCAUUCUGGGCGGACAGUUGUGGUCGCGGGGAGGCGCGCCGCCUGCCUCGUCCUCGGUGACGGCUAAGACGCUGACCGUCGAGGACAUGAACGAGCAGCUGGACGAGCUGCUGCGGCAGUCCAUCUACGGGUUCACGCGGCGCUGGGCGGGCCGGGUCCGGGACGCGCAGGCUGGGCGGCCGGGCGCCCGGUCUCUCGCGCAGGUCGAGGCCGAGCUGGAGACGGCCCUGCAGACGGCGUUUAGCAACCAGCCGGAGGUAGUAGGCAAGCUCAAGGAAGCGAUUGAGUUUUACGAGGAGGAUACGGCGGCGCGAUCUGGGAAGCGGUAG